CUCCUCCUCUUCUGCCGCUGCCUGCACUCGAAAGCAAGAAGUCAGCGGCUUCCCUAUCUGCGCUCCAAAUUUCGUUCUUACAGGGCAAAACCAUAAACCCUAGCCAGCUCUCGCUCUCAGUCUCAGCUCUCUCCUCCAACUUCCUCAUCUCCAAUGAACUGCUCAAUAUCCGGCGAGGUGCCGGAGGAGCCGGUUGUCUCGAAGAAGUCAGGGAUGCUCUUUGAGAGGCGAUUAAUUGAGCGGCAUAUAUCGGAUUAUGGAAAAUGUCCCGUUACAGGGGAACAGCUUAGCAUGGACGACAUUGUUCCUAUCAAAGCUGGCAAGAUCGUCAAGCCUAGACCGAUGCAGGCUGCAAGCAUCCCUGGAAUGCUCAGUAUAUUUCAGAACGAAUGGGACAGUUUGAUGCUGUCCAAUUUUGCCUUGGAGCAACAACUUCAUACGGCCAGGCAAGAGUUAAGCCAUGCACUGUACCAGCAUGAUGCUGCAUGCCGUGUAAUUGCAAGACUUAAAAAGGAAAGAGAUGAAGCUCUAUCAUUGCUUGCUCAGGCUGAGAGGCAAAUGCCAAUUCCAUCUUCAACUGCCAUUACUGCCAAUGCUUCUACGUUGAGUAAUGGGAAAAGAGCUGCUGAGGAAGAAGAUUUGGGCCAUGCUGGCAAGAAACUACGUCCUGGUAUUUCUGGGCGUAUUAUUGAAGAAUUAACAGAAUGUAAUGCGUCACUCUCUCAGCACCGUAAGAAGCGGCAGGUUCCCUCCACACUGGCUCCUGUUGAGGACAUUGAGAGAUACACUCAGCUUUCUAGUCAUCCUCUUCACAAGACCAACAAACCGGGCAUUUUAUCUCUUGAUAUUAAUUAUUCCAAGGACGUCAUUGCAACUGGAGGGGUUGAUACAUCUGCCGUACUCUUUGAUCGACAAUCUGGACAGAUUUUGUCUACGCUUUCUGGGCAUUCAAAGAAGGUUACUAGUUUAAAAUUUGUUAAUGACGGUGAUGUAGUUUUGACGUGCUCUUCUGACAAGACGGUUCGCAUCUGGCAAAGUUCUGAAGAGGGAAAUUAUGCUUGUAGGCAGAUAUUGAAGGAUCACUCAGCUGAGGUGCAAGCUGUUACCGUGCAUGCCACGAACAACUAUUUUGUAACAGCUUCCCUCGACAGUACAUGGUGUUUUUAUGAGCUCUCUUCUGGUUUAUGCCUCACACAGGUGGAAGACUCCUCACAAUCUGAAGGGUAUACUUCUGCAGCUUUCCAUCCAGAUGGUCUCAUCCUCGGUACAGGCACCUCGGAUGCUGUUGUUAAAAUUUGGGAUGUAAAAACUCAGGUAAAUGUUGCUAAAUUUCCUGGUCAUACUGGGGCAGUCACUGCCAUAUCUUUCUCAGAAAAUGGAUACUUCCUUGCGACGGCAGCUGCUGAUGGGGUUAAGCUGUGGGAUCUUCGGAAAUUAAAGAAUUUCCGUACCUUUUCACCGUAUGACCCAGACACACCCACAAACUCUGUUGAAUUUGAUCAUAGUGGAUGUUACCUGGCACUUGCUGGUUCAGAUAUAAGAGUGUAUCAAGUUGCCAAUGUUAAAUCGGAAUGGAACUGCAUUAAAACUUUCCCUGAUUUGUCCGGAACAGGCAAAGCAACCUCUGUGAAAUUUGGUCCGGAUGCAAAAUACUUAACGGUGGGAUCAAUGGAUCGGAACCUAAGAAUAUUCGGCCUCCCAAGCGAUGAUGGCCCAAUGGAGUCUUGAACACUGCUUUGUUUUGCUUCUGUUCACCACAAGCAAAACUGUGUGAAAUGGAGUAGGGGCGAAAGAGAUCGAACUUUCAGGUUUGAAGCAACUUAGUCUGAUGACUUAGCAACCCAUUUUGCAUCACCAUUAGCGCCAUCUCUUUUCAAUACCCACCCCAAAAAUUCGAUGUUCUAUGAUUAUUGUGAAGAUUUUGCUUCGCCUCCUUGAAUCCCUUCCCCUGGUUCUCGCAUGUAACUUUGGUUAAUUGUAGUGUAGUACCUCUGAAGUGAGUUCCCGUCAGGCUUGAUGUCACGAAGAUGUUCUGCUGGACUGUAAUUGAUUUUCUGAGAAUAGUUGUCACUGAUUCAAUCUGUCCGAGUUAUCAUGUAUACUGAUGCAUUUCCAAGUUGGUUUUAAA